AUGGAUCAAGUAAAAUCAUCAAGAAGUAAUUAUCAUCAUUUGGAAAAUAUAAGAUCACCACUUUUAAUUAAUAGUUCACCGAGUCCACUCUUUCGGAAAUUUAAAACAUCUCUUCCAACUAAAAUCAAGUAUUUCAACAAGGGAUUUUUCAAUGUGUUGGUAUUGGGAAUUUCAUUUCUAAUUCUCUUUUCAGCAUUUAAUAUUUUACUAUUCUAUUUUACUGAAAUUAGGAGGAGAAUAACAGCAUCUGCCAUUGUUCUCUAUUCUUCUCUGUCAGGAUUUUCAAUAGUUACACCGAGUAUUAUUAAAUUAUUUGGACUUAGGACGAGUAUUAUUGUUGGAGCUUUCUUGUAUGCUUUAUUUGUGUUGAGCUUGUCAGUGGAGAUGGCUCCAGUUUCCUAUACCAUGUCUACAAUUUCAGGAUUGGGAGGAAGUUUAUUAUGGAUAGCGAAUGGAGAAAUUUUGACAAGAGCUGCCAAUUAUUAUCAAAGAAUGGCUAAAAAAGAAAGAAACAAGAUGGAAAUUGAUCAUUUCAACUCUGCAUUUACUGUGAUCUUUUUUGCAAUUUAUCAACUUAAUUCCUUGUUGGGAAAUUUAAUUUCAACCUCAAUGUUGAAAUUAUCAUUGGGAGAAUUUUGGCUAUUUUUGAUUUUAUUUAUCAUCUCAUUGUUUGGAAUUAUUCUAUUAACACCACUGAGAAAUAUUUCAUUUCAUGAAACUAUAACUACAAUUGAAUAUGAAUUACCGAAACCACCAUCCACAAGGGAUAGACUUUUGGCAAUAAUUGCCAAUGUGUUGGUGUACAUUAAGGAUACUAUUUCUGUAAUUCUUUCUCCAAAAAUGAUCCUCUUCUCUGUAAUAUUCUUCUACUCUGGCUAUUCUAUUGCAUUCUUUUACAGAGUUUUGCCAAGAGUCAUGCAAAAGCAUUCCAAUUCAUUCAUUGUUCCUUGGGCUAUUGCUUGCUUUGGGUUGAGUGAGGUGGUGGGAUCUCUAUUGUUUGGAAGGUUGAGUGACAAGAUUGGAAAAAGACCAGUCAUGAUAGCCACAAUUAUUUUCCACGUUUUGGCCAUAUCAUCAUCGUUUGCUACAGUUUACUGGCCUCCAAGUUAUAUCACUUAUUUUGUUCCUCAAAUUAUUUGUGGACUAGCCGAUUCUGGAUUGAAUGUUGUAAUUUAUUCAGUACUUGGUGGAACAGGUGAUUACUUUAAAUAUGCCAAGACUAGUGAAGCCUUCUCCUCUUUCAAAAUAAUUCAAUCAUUGGGUGUUUGCAUUGGAAUUGUUUUUGGAACCCUCUUCUCUGUUCAAACAGUUCAAUUUACACUAGCUGGAGUUCUCUUUAUAUCCAUUCUGUUUUAUAUUGCUUUGGAUUGGAAUUUUCCAAUAGAUGGCAAACGAAAAAUCAAAAAGACAAGACGUUGCAAACAAAAUAACCACCUUCCUCACGAACCUUACUUUUAG